GAGAGCAAAGAGCGAGCGCCGGGGAGAGGAGAGGGAGGGAGCGGAGCGCAGCGAGAAAGACACACGCACGCGGAGACACACGGCCACUGGGAUUCCAUUAGAAAAAAGUGAGACGAGCGGGGUUAGCGGGAGAAGAUUUUUUUUGAAUCUUUUCUUCGUCUUGGUGCGAAAGAAGCGACUCGCGUCUCGUCCUCGAAGCUCCCACUGGAUUGUUCCCUGGCGCGGACGCCCGUCGGUGGAUUUCUUCGCUGGUUGCCUUUCAUCGGACCCCCGCCCUCGCCGCCGCCUCCUAGUCCUUCACCCGCGCGGCGCCUCUGUCCACCUCCCCAUCCCCUCUGGGCAGCGCGGGGGGAAUCGGACCGCGCGGACUCGCGCCUCCGGGACCCGCGCGGGGAGGGCAGCGCUCUGGCCCCGGCUCCGGCUCGUAAAGCAGACCUGCACGUACCUACGUGUCCUUUGAUUUUAGUGGGCACGGGGGGUGUCGAGAGGCAGCCCGACGCCCUCCUUCCCCCCACCCCCUCCAGCCAGAGGCAAGGACCGCGCGAUUCGGGAUCUUCUUCGGGUGGACUAGCUGGGAUCUCCGCAUUGGAUUUGGGGCUGAUUAUCACGGCUUGGCUAUUAUUAUUGUUAUUUUUUUUUACCCAAGGGAGAAAGACAAAAAAAAACUGUGGGAUUUAUUUAACAUGAUCUUGGCAAACGCCUUCUGCCUCUUCUUCUUUUUAGACGAGACCCUCCGCUCUUUGGCCAGCCCUUCCUCCCCGCAGGGCCCCGAGCUCCAGGGCUGGCGCCCCCCAGUGGACUGUGUCCGGGCCAAUGAGCUGUGCGCCGCCGAAUCCAACUGCAUCUCCCGCUACCGCACGCUGCGGCAGUGCCUGGCGGGCCGGGACCGCAACACCAUGCUGGCCAACAAGGAGUGCCAGGCCGCCCUGGAGGUGCUGCAGGAGAGCCCGCUGUAUGACUGCCGCUGCAAGCGCGGCAUGAAGAAGGAGCUGCAGUGCUUGCAGAUCUACUGGAGCAUCCACCUGGGGCUGACCGAGGGUGAGGAGUUUUAUGAAGCCUCACCCUAUGAGCCCGUGACCUCACGCCUCUCGGACAUCUUCAGGCUUGCUUCAAUCUUCUCAGGGACAGGGGCAGACCCGCCGGUCAGCGCCAAGAGCAACCACUGCCUGGAUGCUGCCAAGGCCUGCAACCUGAAUGACAACUGCAAGAAACUGCGCUCCUCCUACAUCUCCAUCUGCAACCGUGAGAUCUCGGCCACCGAGCGCUGCAACCGCCGCAAGUGCCACAAGGCCCUGCGCCAGUUCUUCGACCGCGUGCCCAGCGAGUACACCUACCGCAUGCUCUUCUGCUCCUGCCAGGACCAGGCUUGUGCCGAGCGCCGCCGGCAGACCAUCCUGCCCAGCUGCUCCUACGAGGACAAGGAGAAGCCCAAUUGCCUGGACCUCCGCGGCGUGUGCCGGACCGACCACCUGUGCAGGUCCCGGCUAGCGGAUUUCCACGCCAACUGUCGAGCCUCCUACCAGACGCUCACCAGCUGCCCUGCCGACAAUUACCAGGCGUGUCUGGGCUCCUACGCCGGCAUGAUCGGGUUUGAUAUGACGCCCAACUACGUGGACUCCAGCCCCACCGGCAUCGUGGUGUCACCCUGGUGCAAUUGUCGCGGGAGUGGGAACAUGGAGGAGGAGUGUGAGAAGUUCCUCAGAGACUUCACCGAGAACCCGUGCCUCCGGAACGCCAUCCAGGCCUUUGGCAAUGGCACGGAUGUAAACCUGUCCCCUAAAAACCCCUCCUUCCAGGCCACACAGGCCCCACGGGUAGAGAAAACGCCUUCUUUGCCAGAUGACCUCAGUGACAGCACCAGCCUGGGGAGCAGUGUCAUCACCACCUGCACAUCCAUCCAGGAGCAGGGCCUGACAGCCAACAACUCCAAAGAGUUCAGCAUGUGCUUCACAGAGCUCACAACAAAUAUCAUCCCAGGGAGUAACAAGGUGAUCAAACCCAGCUCAGGCACCUGCAGAGCCAGGCCGCUGGCCGCCUUGACCGCUGCCUCCUUCCUGAUGCUUAAGCUCGCCUUGUAGGCGCGGGGACCGUGUCGGGAGAUGCCGGAAAGCUGCACAGACGAGAAACCCGCCUGACGAAAUGGAAACACACACAGACACACACACACCUUGCAAAAAAAAUUUUUUCCCACCUUGUCUCUGAACCUGUCUCCUCCCAGGUUUCUUCUCUGGAGAAGUUUUCUAAACCAAACAGACAAGCAGGCAGGCUGCCUGAGAGCCUAGAGAUCCCCGGCCAGAGCAGCCCAGCGCCGAGGCGGCCUGAGGCUCUGGACCGCCCUUCACUGGCUCUUGAGGUUGCCUCUGUGGACCUUGUUGACGGGAGAGACGGAGCUGAGACUCCUGCAGCCCACGGGACUUCCUGUCGUGCCUGAUGUGGGCGGGGCAGGAGGCUGCAGCUGUUCUUCUCAAGCCCCUACGUAGUGACCCGUAGCGGCUAGCAGAUGACCUCAGGCCACAUGACAGCAAGGCUGGCCAUGGGACGGGGUGGGGAGGGCGCAGCAGGGCACCUCAGAACCUCCUCUCUGCUUCAAGGAUGAAGUUCAUCUGGUUCUCCCUCCGUGGGCUGGUCUGGCCUGUGUCUGACUGGAGGAGUAUGGUGCUGACCCCUGACUGUGGCACGGGGGUCUGGGAGCCCAGCCCACCUGGGAGGCCCCCUCAGGGGAGGGGGCGCGCAACUUGGGCACCAGCUGUAGGCUGCCGCUUCCUCCACGGUAGCGGGAAUUUUGAAGUCAAAGAGAAACGAUGCUUUGUUGGCUUUUUUGGGUUUCUUGUGGGUCCAUUUGGUGGGUCUCCUUUGGGGAAGGGGGCAGAAAGGACCUGUACACCCUCUGGUCUCUGAAAUCUCUCCUGCCCCUCUUCUACCUGCUGUUUCCUCAUUUCCGAGACAUACACCGACUGUAUGUACAUAACAAGGCUCCUUCCUCGACAUAUAUGUAUAUACACAUCCGUAUACAUAUAUCGUGUGACACCCCUUUCUUUCCUUUUUUUAAGAAUCAAAAUUAUGGAAAUAAUGCCCCAACAGAUGAGCGAAAAUGUAUUAUUGUAAAGUUUAUUUUUUUUAAUAAUGUUGUCUAUGAUGGGAGAAAACACUGACCCCUGCGUCCUUGCCCUGCCCGGGCCGACUGGGCUGGGGCGGGAGUCCGAUCCGUGCUCACGCUUAGCAAGACUCUAAUAAACCUACUAGGAAGCCGUC